AUGGAACUUCUCCACUAUAGUUUAAUGACAUUUUUUAAUAUUACUAAUGUUUUUUCCUCGUCAUCUUCAUCUGCUGCUAUUACAUUAGGCUGUGUUGAUCGUGAAAGUCCGUUCCCUAAAAAUAAAUUAAAAAUGACAGAUUGUUUGCUAGUUACGGAAACAAAAAAACAAGCCAAUAAAAAACAAACUGGCAAUAAUGAUAUGUUCAUAUUUAAUAUUGUUAAAUGUAGCAGUGCAAAUCCAAAAUUUUGUAAUAAGGCUAAAAAAAAUUUGGAAAUUACAGGACAAAUUAUUACCAAGUUUUUAAAAUUUAAAGUGCCUGUCAUUGUAGAAGUUUCUUUCAGUCGAUUAGAUUCAGGUGUAUUAGGUUCAGCGGGACCCACUAGAUUACAUUUGAUGAAAAGUAAAGAUGGGAUAUUUAGACUGUAUCCACAAUCAUUAUUGAAACAAUUUGAACUUACAACGCAUACGGAAUAUCGACCUUCUGACAUACAAGCAGAAUUUAAUUCCAACGUUGAUUAUUGGUUUGAAGAUGAUGUGACCCCAGUUAAAAAAUCUCAGAUAGGAUUUGUUGAAUUGAUAUUACACGAACUCAUUCAUGGCUUGGGAUUUAUUUCAGCUUGGGAUUUUUAUUUCGAUGAUGUAGAAGUAUUGACUCCAUUUAUUUAUUAUCAAAAUAAAGAAUUUCACGGAUUUAUUGAAGGCAUAUUUGAUAAAUUUUUAAUAUUAUCGGAUGGAACGCCACUAACAAAUUUCACAAAUGAAUUAAAUAAAUUUGCUCCAGAAGGCACAAAAUUUGAUUCGAUGUAUGAUCUUUAUAACAAGUUUAGAGCAUCCAGUCAAUAUAAAAUUGCAACUGAUAUGUUAAAUUACAGCACGACGGCUUUAUCAUUUGGUUUCUUGCCAGAAGGUUCGGAUUACCAAACAAUUGCAACGAACAGCUCCAAAAUUAAUGAUGAAUUGUAUUAUCUGGAAACUAGUUUACGACCUUAUCUUAUGGGUUCGAGUGUCAGUCAUGUGAGUCAAGACUUGUAUGCAAAAUCUAAUGAAUUCUUGAUGACUUGGAUACAAGAUCCAGGUAGAGGGUUAAACGAUGCAAUUAAAGAUGGUGGAAAUUAUACCGGAGGAGCAAUUGGGCCUAAACUUAAAUCUGUUUUCGAAUCGAUGGGUUAUGUAAUUCGUAAUAAUUCGGAGCCCGAAAUCCCCUUGCCUGAUGAUGAUGAUAUACCAUCAAAAAGUAGUCCAAAUAAUUGGAAUAAGUUGUUGAUGAUAUUAUUGUUUAUAUUACAAUUUAUUUUUAAUUUAAUUUAA